AUGGGGUGCGCGUGUAUGCAAAAAUCAUGCCACCUCCCUCCCUCCGUCUCUUACAAUGAGGCCACUACCACCGCCCUCGAACGCCCCCUCAGCACGACCGCCGACGAAGAGUCCAACCCUCCUCCGCGCUACACCCGCGAGAACGACCCCUUCCAGCUGGCAUCGAAACUCAAGACCGCCGAAGAGAUUGCCCAGAUUCAACCGCAAGCCAACAUUUCGCGUAAACGCGACAGCAACUCCGGCUGUCUUCCGCGCCCGCCCAACCCGCGCCGCGCCCUUUCCUCAACCCUCGCAUCCCGCCAACUGCAGACCUUCUACGAAGCACAAAAUGAAAACAUCAACCGCAUGCUCAAGCCCGUGGAGGAGCACGUCCGCGACGCCCGGGAAAUCAGCACCAGCACCCAACUGAAGUACAAGAUCGCCGUCUGGGGCUCCUUCGCCGCCAACGUCAUCCUCUGCGUCCUGCAACUCUACGGCGCCAUUUCCUCCAGCUCUUUGUCGCUGUACACCACCAUGGCGGACGCGAUUUUCGACCCCAUGUCCAACGCGACCCUGCUUAUAUCCAACAAGGCCGUCAACCGCGUCGACCCGCGCAAGUUCCCCGCCGGAAAGGCCCGCAUCGAAACCGCCGGCAACAUCUGCUUCUGCUUCCUCAUGACGGCCGUCUCGUUCAUCCUGAUUGCGUUCUCCGUCCGUGAGCUCGCCGAAGGCUCCACCUCCGAAACCGGCUCGUUCCAUCUCCCCUCCGUGCUUGCCGUCGCCGUCGCGUUCUGCACCAAGCUCGCGCUGUUCCUGUACUGCUGGGCCCUGCGGAACCAGUACUCGCAGGUGCGCAUUCUGUGGGAGGACCACCGGAACGAUCUGUUCAUCAACGGAUUCGGUAUCCUCACCAGUGUCGGUGGAAGUAAGCUCCGGUGGUGGAUUGAUCCGGCCGGUGCCAUUGUGCUCUCCGUGCUGGUCAGCUGCUUGUGGUUGUUCAGCGCCUACCGCGAGUUCCAGUUACUUAUUGGCGUGACUGCCGAUACGAAGAUGCAGCAGUUGAUUACUUAUAUCUCAAUGACCCACUCCCCCCUCAUCACCGCCAUCGACACCGUCCGCGCCUACACCUCCGGCCCGCGCCUGCUGGUCGAGGUGGACAUCGUGAUGGACCCGAAUGACUCGCUGCGCGCCACCCACGACGUGGCCGAAGAGCUGCAGAUGAAGCUGGAGUCACUGCCCGAUGUCGAGCGGGCGUAUGUCCACGUGGAUUACGAGACGACGCAUAAGCCGGAGCAUUUCCUGAAGAAGGAACUGUAAUUGUCUCACGCACGUACCGCCCACACACAUCCUCGCUCUUUUAUACAUACCUUCACCCUCCACGCGCACAUACCCCAACUUAUACAUACCCUCCCAUGCGCAAAACUGGUGAUAAGCCCGACGGACUGAACAUGAAAUCCGUCUGUUGCCAUUGUUAAGGCAUCCUUAUGAUCACAUACGUACGUACAUAGAUUGCUUGUUUUCUUGAUUAUUUGGCUAGCUAGCCGACUCUCCACUAUAUCAUAUUCACUAUACCAACUCCCGCUACAUCCAGUGAAUAUGAAGUACUCGAUAAAAGCACGUAAUUUAUAUCAUGCACGCACCAGAUUUUAU